AUGGAUCCCCUUCCCAUACACACAAUCAUCUGCCUUGUUUGUUGGUCAUUUGGUUUAUUGCCAUUUUAUGUAUCAUCCAGUAGCCGCCUUCUUCCCAACAAGCCGCUUUCCGCUGGUAGCACCAUCACCUCCGACGAUGGCACUUUUGCCCUGGGAUUUUUCUCCCUGUCCAGCUCCAGCACAAAAUAUUACUACGUCGGCAUAUGGUACAGGAACAUACCCGAAGACAACAUUGUGUGGGUUGCCAACCGUGCUAUGCCGAUAACUGAUCCUUCUUCUGCAACACUCGCCUUCACAAGCGGAUCCGAUCUCGCCUUGUCAGACACCAGUGGCCAGCUUCUCUGGACGACAAACAUCAGCGCUGCAAGGAAUUCAUCGUCAGAGGCAACUGGUGGAGAAGCCACGCUUGAUAACAAUGGGAAUUUUAUUCUUCGGUCAUCACAUGGCACCAUCUUAUGGCAAAGCUUCGAUUACCCGACCGACACUCUCCUUCCAGGUAUGAACCUCAGGAUCACCCACAAGACGCAUGCACUACAACAGCUCAUCUCUUGGAGAAACCCCCAAGACCCAUCCCCGGGCAACUUCUCAUAUGGUGCAGACCCUGAUGAGUUUCGGCAGCGUAUUACAUGGAAUGGCUCAGCACCAUACCGGCGAAGUCUGGUAUGGAAUAACAAUUUGGUAGUAGGGAAGUAUGUUGAGAGUAUCAAGUCCACAAUUUACUAUACACUGCAAACUAUUGGUGAUGAGAUCUACGCUUCCUUUGGACUACCAGUACCUAGUGUCUCACUAGUGCUAAUGAAGAUUGACUACUCAGGCAAGAUAAAGACACAAAUCUGGAAUAGCAACAGCUCCAAAUGGACUGACCAGUAUUCAGGACCUAACCAGGAAUGCAACAAAUUUGGUUACUGUGGUCCAUUUGGUUACUGUGACAACACACAGCCUAUUGUGACAUGCAAGUGUCUUGAUGGCUUUGAGCCAAACAACAAACAAGACUGGACGACCCGCAGGUUUUCACAGGGAUGCCACCGGAUGGAAGCACUAAGAUGUGGUCAAGGGGAUGGCUUCUUAAAUAUGUCAACCAUGAAGAUUCCCGACCAGUUCUUGUAUGUCAAGAAUAAAAGCUUAGAUGAAUGCAUAGCAGAAUGCACAAGCAACUGCUCGUGUACGGCAUAUACUUACACCACUAUGAGAACUAAUGCUAUCGAUGAGGAUGAUACUAGGUGCCUAUUAUGGAUAGGAGAUUUGAUUGACACGGAGAAGUUCAUUGGACAAGGGGAAAACCUCUAUAUCCGAACUGAGUUUUGGCAGAUAAAAACCGGAAGAGCAAUGUUUUAA